AUGGCCAAUUCAAAAUACGAAUAUGUUCGAUUAUUCGAACAACCUGAUAACCUCCUCCCGGAGACAUGGAUUGUUGUCCGAAUAGAUGGUCGAGGAUUCCACAAAUUGUCAGAUAAAUACAAAUUUGAGAAGCCAAAUGACCGUCGCGCGUUGGAUCUUAUGAACGCUGCUGCCGUGUCAGUUAUGAAGGAUUUGCCUGAUUUGAUUAUUGCGUAUGGCGUUAGUGAUGAGUAUAGUUUCGUCUUCCAUCCUAAUUGCCAACUAUUCGAGAGAAGAAGUGCCAAACUCGUCACGACAAUAGUAUCAACUUUCACAGCGUCAUAUGUCUGUCAAUGGCCGAUAUUCUUCCCGGACAAGCCUCUUGAUCUAUCUAGUUUGCCCACGUUUGAUGGACGGGCUGUCCAGUAUCCUAACGCGAAGAUACUACGGGAUUAUAUGAGUUGGAGACAGGUCGAUUGCCAUAUCAAUAAUCUGUACAACACAACGUUCUGGUCGUUGGUCCUGAAAGGCGGAAUGAGUAAUGUCGAAGCCGAGAAGGAGUUGCAGGGUACAGUAUCAUCCGACAAAAACGAGAUUCUAUUCAGCCGUUUCGGAAUCAACUACAACAACGAAGCUGAGAUCUAUAAGAAGGGUAGUGUCGUAUAUCGCCAGUAUCAACUUGAAGAUCAGUUUUCCGCGACGACAGCAUCACUUACACAGGCUGCUGAGUCACAACCAAGUGGUGAACUUUCCAAGACGCAGCAGGAGAAGAUGCGCAAGUUACGGCGCAAAGCGCAGGUUGUUGUUGAGCAUGUGGAUAUUAUCAAGGAUGAUUUUUGGCAGAGGAGACCGUGGUUGUUGUCCGGUAAGCCGGGUAGGUUGCCUGUUGAAUAG